CCCCUCCCCGUUACCUGCUCUGUGAUGCAAAGAUCCACUUCCAGCCAGCCCUCCAGAGAGUGAAAACAGAGCUGUGCAAACAAGGAAGUGGUAAAAACAAGCGUUCAUGUACACUGAGCAGCUGCUUCAGGUUUUAAACACAAACCAUGACCCCUGUGCAAAGACUUGGACCUUUUUUCGCUGUAGUCGGAUUGUAUCUGCUGUUGUCACUGCCUCCUGCCAGCUUGGCAGCCCAUCUAUUUAACAGCAAUGACACAAGUCUAACCUCCGCUCCCCCUGCUCCCCCACAACAGAAUGCUACGACAACCACACCCAACGGAACAACGCACGUUCCAGCCACAGCGCCACCUACAGGUCCCCUGGUCAACACCAGCGAGUCAACAGAGCUUGUUUCUACAGCCAGUACUCUAACAACUACUCUGCAUCCCACUGCUGAUGAAUCUACAACCCCGGUGAAUGAGACAGAGGGUACCACAGCGCCCCCUGUCACAACACCGCCCACAACUCACGCCAUUCAGACCAGCGCCGGCACGAUCCCCACCACCCUGAAGCUAGACCCGAAUGAAUCUGUAACAAGCGGAGCCCCCGAUGUCACCGGGAGCCUCCCGGUGCAGCCCACCUCCUUUUACACGACCCUCGUCAGCACUCACAACUCAGGUGAACGGUUUGAACUCAACAGUUCAGAAAUGGCGAUUACCAUCUUCUUCAGCAUUAUUCUCGGAGUGGCUGUCCUCGUGUUCAUCAUGUACAGCCUGAACAAGUGCAAGAGGAAGAGCGCCCAGUAUUCACACCGGCCUCUCUACAACACUGCAGACGAGACGGUGGACAGAUACAGCGCCCCAGAUGAUACACUGGUCAUUUCAGGAGGCUUGUAUGAUGGCAUCCGAAUCUACAACCCAAACAUGACUGUUCUUGAGGAGGACGAAGAAGAACUCCACCCAGAGCACCGCCCCUUUGGCUCCAGAGCCCCACAGUUUCGACUGGAAUUUUUGCCAGAAGAACAGGGAAGGCCCCCCAGUACCGGCGGGUCUACCUUUGAAACGUUUCAGGCUCCCCCUGAAGAGCUUUGAUUCAUUUCAGACUGCAACCACCACAAGACCUAAACAGGAAGGUGUAAGCUGACGCUAUACUUAUUUACUGUACUGUCAUGUUUUAUUAUAAUUUUUUUGUUUGUUUGUUUGUAGUCCAUUAUUCAAGAUUUCGCAGAAGCCCAUAAUACCUUGCAGUGAAAAAAAUACAGAGGGGUGAUGCUCAGGAAAUAUUGUUAUGCCAUCUUGUGUUUUUCAGAGGAACCUCUCCCAUGAUUUAGAUUUUCAUCUUCUCAAACAGGGCAACUUACACCAUUGCUACUGCAAACCGGAAUGCAAAACACAUUAUGGGCAACUACGAACAGGUCUCUAUACACUUCACCGUCAAUUAAGACAGCCCUUACAUAAUAACAUGUGGAGAUUUAGCUUGUAGCGUUCGAAUUCUCCCUGAACUAAGUGAUUGAUCUGUUCUCACAGUAUAUGUGUACCAAUGUGAAUGUAGAUGUUCUGCUUUUUGUUUUUCAUUUGUACUUAAACUUUAUUUCAGGUUCCAGGAAUCACUAAGGGCUGCUAAAUAUUUAUCAGCUACAUAUAUCUCUUCAAGUUCAUAUUCCAGAUGUCUAUCUUCAAUAGGCUUUGAUAGCUUUGUUACAUUUUGUGUCGUGUUAAAAAAGUAUUUUAAACUUAUUGAACAACUAUGUAAUUAGCACUUCAGGUUAAUAUAUUGACACAAGUUACAGCAGCUGCCCUUAAAUGUGUAAAAAAAAAAAAAGGACCAUAAUUUUUUGUAUAUAUUUUUUAUAAUAUGUGCACUUAAAAUUAU